UCUCGAGAUGCAGAACAUCCAGGCAAAUGUAACAAGAUCGUGACCAAUGAAUUGUGUUCGCACCGCUCAGUAGAACUAAAAACUGGAAGUUAGAGUUCCAACCUUCGUGAUAGACUUCACAGUGUAUGCACAAUUCUUCGUUCAGUAAGCAGACAGCUGCAUCUCGAUAAUUGAUGCGGAAGGAACGCAUCAAAUAAAGCAAGAUGGCUACCAACUUGGAGAUAUUCUUCGGCGUUGCAGCGGUGCUCGUCGCAAUCUAUUAUUACUUCACGGUACAUUUCGACUUUUGGAAUGUUCGAGGCGUGCCGGGACCAAAACCUGUGCCAUUUUUCGGCAAUAUUAUGGGUCCUAUGUUUGGGAAACUGUCCUUCCCGGAAUUCCUAAUAGCACUCCGAAAACGGUACAAAGACGAACCAAUGGUUGGAAUUAUAAUAAGACGAACACCCAAUCUUAUUGUACAAGACCCGGAUCUAAUCAAGGACAUUCUUAUCAAAGACUUUCCGAAAUUCGCUGAUCGCGGAUUCCUUCGGAACGAAAUAGCAGAGCCAGUAUCUGGGCAUCUAUUCGCCCUGGAAGCAAGAAGGUGGCGACCGUUGCGAAAUCAAUUCUCACCAGUAUUUACGUCGGGGAAAUUAAAAGGAACUUUUUCGCUUAUCUUAGAGUGUGCCGAACACUUGGGCGACUAUCUAGACAAACUAGUCGAGAGGAACGAACCUAUCGACAGCCGAGAGUUGGCGGCAAAGUUCACUACCGACGUAAUCGGUAGCUGUGCAUUCGGCAUCGAAAUGAACUCGCUGUCAGACCAAGAAAGCAAAUUUCGCCAAAUGGGCAAGAAAAUCUUUGCAACAGACUUCUUGUCGAUAAUCAAAUUUAGGAUGAAAGAAUGUACACCCCGGCUCUACGAUAUGUUGGGUUACAUAUAUCCGUACGAUGAACUUUCUGAGUUUUUCACGAAAAUUACGGUGGACACGAUGGACUAUCGGACCAAAAACAAUAUCUUCAGACCUGACUUUAUGAACAUCCUUAUGGAACUGAAAAAGAAUCCGCAGAAAAUCCCAGACAUCGAAUUGACAGAUACCCUCCUAGCUGCGCAAGCGUUCGUCUUCUUUGCAGCCGGGUUUGAAACUUCGUCAACGACCAUUAGCAACGCUCUCUAUGAAUUAGCCUAUAACCAGGAUAUUCAAGACAAAUUGCGGGAAGAAAUUGUUAAGUACUACUUGGAAAACAAUGGAGAUUGGAAAUAUGAAGUUAUGAAGCAGAUGGAAUAUUUAGAAAAAGUAUUUCAAGAAACACUAAGGAAGUAUCCACCACUGCCAGUAUUAACCAGAGAUGCAGUCAGUAAUUACACAUUUAACGGUACGAAAGUAUCGAUUCCUGUGGGUACGAAAAUAACUAUACCCGUAAUUGCAAUACACAGGGACCCAAGUAUUUACCCGAAUCCCGAUAAAUUCGAUCCCGAAAGGUUUAACGAAACCGGGAAGAAAUCUAGGCAUCCGAUGGAUUUUCUACCAUUCGGCGAUGGUCCGCGGAAUUGCAUUGGUGCGCGUUUUGCCAUUUAUCAAUCAAAAAUUGGUCUCAUAAAGAUUCUUCAGAAUUACAAAGUAGACGUUUCCGAGAAGACACCUUUAACCUAUGAAAUAAAUCCGUUCGCGUUUUUACUCAUGUCUGCAAAGCCAUUAUAUUUAAAAUUUACAAAAUUGAAUUAUUAGUAAGAUAUUUCUUAAAUACGAUAUAGUGUAUAUUUCCAAUUGAACUCAUUACUGAACAUGACUAAUUAAUAUUUAUAAGAAUUUUUAAAUGAUCCCUUUUGAAGGUAAUUAAUAGAAAUGAGGUGCUAGAGAGAGAUUAUUUAAUUUUCUGAGAUACGCAAUUUUAUAUCGUAUUCAAAAAGAAUGGACCGUGAUGCUACACGAUUCAGCCAUAAAAUGUCGAUAGUAUAGCAAAAGAAGUACACGUAUUAUAUAACAAGCUGAUUAGCAUCCUUUUUUGCUUUAUUACGACAUCUGGUUACUUUUACUACAGAUCUGUAGCUUAUAUGUUUUUAAUAAGCUUUUGUUGCAUAUGCGUUUUGAUCAUUUGAUUAUUAAAGUAUGAGAUUAUUACAAUAAAAAAAAUAAUACUACACCAUGUAAUUUGUUUUUAUUUGUAGUUUAACACUAAAAUUAUCGCCACCCUCCAAUAAUCACGGAUUUCUCAUUCCGUAAUUAUAGAUUUCCUUAUUCAGGCGCCACUUAUAAAAAGAAAGUCCCGCUAGAACUAAUUAAAUUUAGUCUUAUUUUUAAAACAUAAGUUACCAUUACUCUUCGAUUGAUUUAUUAAUAAGAAUGCGAUGUAGAAAAUACAAGUCGAAACAAAUCUUUUACGAAAACAUACUAUUAUUCAACAUUC